AUGGCUGCAAGAGUGCUGCUGCAACGGCGCUCCCUGGCGCCGUUGGCGACCCUCGCCCUCGGUGGAAUGGCUCUCGUGCCCGCCACUGUCCUCGCUGAGGCUCCCGCCGAUAAGAGGAAACCCAUCUACGACGACGUCGACGUCCCGUCCGCCGAAUCCGCGCCCGCGACGCCGGCAAAGUCCCUACUUCCCUCGCUGCAACUCGCCGCUCCUUCCGACGAUAGCGAGCCCGUGGCCCCUAAGCACCGCGGCCCUUCGCCCACCGACCGGCUAGCCGUUCAGGUCGGCAGGGCUCGUCUCUUCCUGUACAAGUUCGCCGUCGCCGCCGAGGACAAGGUCAACGAGACGAUGGACUCGGCCUUCCACCUCGAGCAGUCCUUCACCAGCUCCAUUGCCGCGCUGGCCCCGCCCCGUGAGAGCGGCGAGAAGCUCAUGCCCGGCGCCAUCUACGUGCUCGUCGCCGCCAUGGCGGGUAGCAUCAUCACGCGCAACCGCAACAUCCUCUUGCGCGCCACCAUGCCCCUUGCCCUCGGCAUCGGCGCCGGGUGGACCGUCCUUCCCGUCACCAUGAGGAACGUGUCCGACCUGGCCUGGAAGUACGAGCAGCGCUUCCCGGCCGUCGCCGAGUCGCACAUCAAGUUGCGUGAGGGCAUCCAGAAGGGUGUGAGCUUCGCCAAGGUUCACAAGGAUGUCGGUGUACGAUACGUGGAUGAGAAGGUAACUGACGCCCGAGAGGCUGUUGAGGGUUGGGUCAAGCAGGGCAAAUAG